UGAUAGAUAUGAGCUGACAGAAAGAACCCAGAAAAUUUUGUUCAUCAAAGGAUACUUAAAACCCUAGCUUUUCUGUAACCCAUAUCAUUUAUAGACACCCCUUUUCAUUUCUCUCUCUAUCUCUCUCUCUUUACGAUGGAUUCAAGAGAAUCAAAGUCAUUAGCACCGCCGCCGCAGUCUCAGCAGCAUUCGCAACCCCAAAUGAUGAUUGGCCCACCAAACAUGUAUUCGCACGGCGGCUUAUUCAACGGAACCUCUUCGCCGCCGCCGCCCGUGAUGCAAAACCCUUGUUUUUCUCUCAGCCCACCUGGGCAAUCUGCGCCAAUGGCUGUCGAAAGCUUAAACCCACAGUUCGCUGGUAGAUCCACUUCACAGGAGGGUCCUCCUGGGUUUAGCGGUGAUACUGGAAAGCAGAAGAAGAAAAGAGGGAGGCCAAGGAAGUAUCCUCUUGAUAGUAACAUUGGGUUGGGUUUGACAUCUGAUUCGGGACCCUGUUCACCUUCUGCUUCGCCUCUCCCUUCAUCUGUUAGGGCAACAAAUAAUGAGAAUUCUAAUGUUGGAACGCCAGGUUCUGAUCCUCCAGUGAAGAAGAACAAAGGAAGGCCACCCAGUUCGGGGAAGAAGCAAAUGGAUGCUUUAGGAUCUUCUGGAUUUGCUUUUACGCCACAUGUUUUAUUGGUCGAAGCAGGGGAGGACAUAACAGAAAAGAUCAAUGCCUUCUCAAUGGAAGGACCCCGAAAUGUUUGUAUUAUCUCUGCAAAUGGUUCAAUCUGCAAUGCAACUCUUCUCCAACCUGCACUUUCUGAUCGUGCUGUGACAUAUGAGGGUCGAUUUCAGAUACUAUCUUUCACAGGUGCCUUCUCGCCCCCAGAAAGCAAUGGUAGCCUGGGUGGAUCAACAACUAUUUUUGUGUCCUUGGCUGGCUCAGAUGGCCGUGUUUUGGGAGGUGGUGUGAUGGGAAAGCUAAUCGCUGCAACUCAAGUGCAGGUCAUUAUUGGUAGCUUCAUUGCAGAAGGAGGAGCGAAGAAGCAAACGAAAUCUGGGAUUUCUCCAACAACAAUGUCUAAACCAGUUACAGCCGAGAGUCCUGCCUCGGAGGGUCCCACAACUGCUUCAUCGCACGAGAAUGGUGGCAGCCCUUCUGCUGCUCCCUUUGCCCAACAACAUCAUCAAGCACAUAAUAUGUCGGUUUAUUCGAGUAUGGGCUGGGGAAACUCCACCAUGAAAAUGUGAUUCGAUGAUCAUAAGCUUUCUCGAUAAUGAUAAAUCUUAAGGUAUUAUUAGUAGUGAUAAAUCUAAGGUAUUAUUAUUAGUAGUAGUAAAAAAGCUAACAAAGAAUGUUUAGGGAGUUUGUAUUUUGUGGGUAUUUUUGGUUUUCUAGUCUUCUUUUUAUUAACUCCUUGAUUCUGAAGUUGAUGUCUUUAUUUAGUCGUUUUUGGAUGGUUGAACAAUGAUUCAUUGCAUUUCUUGAAAAUGCAUGAGCUCCUAAAUGUAAGACAUAGGUCAUUUUGAUUAUGAAGAAAUCCUCUUUUAUGGUGA